GCGCGCUCCGCUCCUCCCCCGCCCCGCAUGCCGGAAGUGGAGGCGCUGCUCACUUGUGGCCGCGGCCGCUGCGCGGAGGAGACUUGGGCGCCCCUCCCCCCGCAGGAGUCUCAGCAGGCCCCCUCCCGGCGCCGCCAUGGCGGAGAACGACGUGGAUAACGAGCUGCUGGAUUACGAGGAUGACGAGGUGGAGAACCAGGCGGGGGGCGACGGGGUGGACGUGCCCCCCAAGAAGGACGUCAAGGGCUCCUACGUCUCCAUCCACAGCUCCGGCUUCCGGGACUUUCUGCUGAAACCCGAGCUCCUCCGCGCCAUCGUCGACUGCGGCUUCGAGCACCCCUCGGAAGUGCAGCACGAGUGCAUCCCGCAGGCCAUCCUGGGCAUGGACGUGCUGUGCCAGGCCAAGUCGGGCAUGGGCAAGACGGCCGUCUUCGUGCUGGCCACGCUGCAGCAGCUGGAGCCCGUCACGGGGCAGGUGUCUGUGCUGGUGAUGUGCCACACGCGGGAGCUGGCGUUCCAGAUCAGCAAGGAGUACGAGCGCUUCUCCAAGUACAUGCCCAGUGUCAAGGUGGCGGUGUUUUUCGGGGGCCUGUCCAUCAAGAAGGACGAGGAGGUGCUGAAGAAGAACUGCCCCCACAUCGUGGUGGGGACGCCAGGCCGGAUCCUGGCCCUGGCCCGCAACAAGAGCCUCAACCUCAAACACAUCAAGCAUUUCAUCCUGGACGAGUGCGACAAGAUGCUGGAGCAGCUCGAUAUGCGCCGGGACGUCCAGGAGAUCUUCCGCAUGACCCCGCACGAAAAGCAGGUCAUGAUGUUUAGCGCCACCCUGAGCAAGGAAAUCCGCCCCGUCUGCCGCAAAUUCAUGCAAGACGUAAUUACCCCCUUCUACCUUCUUUGCCCCCCCCGGCGCCCCCGCCCCCGGGGCGGCGCACGGGCCGCAGCGCCAGGACCGGCCCCUAGCACAGGCCCCCAGAGCUUCCGGAAGAUCACUCGGGUUACGCUAGCUUCGGCACCCCCCCGGCGCGGAAAACAGGGCGCCCCCUCUUCCCGCCCUCCCCCCCGCCCCCCCUUCCUUCCCAGCGCGGCAUCCACCCGGCACCGCAGCCUCCGGAUCAGCUGGCCCCAUACACCCAGGCAACCCAUGGAGAUCUUCGUGGACGACGAGACCAAGCUGACGCUGCACGGCCUGCAGCAGUAUUACGUCAAGCUGAAGGACAACGAGAAGAACCGCAAGCUCUUCGACCUGCUCGACGUGCUGGAGUUCAACCAGGUGGUGAUCUUCGUCAAGUCGGUGCAGCGCUGCAUCGCCCUGGCCCAGCUGCUGGUGGAGCAGAACUUCCCGGCCAUCGCCAUCCACCGGGGCAUGCCCCAGGAGGAGAGGCUGUCCCGCUACCAGCAGUUCAAGGAUUUCCAGCGCCGGAUCCUGGUGGCCACCAACCUCUUUGGGCGGGGGAUGGACAUCGAGCGGGUCAACAUCGCCUUCAACUACGACAUGCCCGAGGACUCGGACACCUACCUGCACCGGGUGGCGCGGGCUGGGCGGUUCGGCACCAAGGGCCUGGCCAUCACCUUCGUGUCGGACGAGAACGACGCCAAGAUCCUCAACGACGUGCAGGAUCGCUUCGAGGUGAACAUCAGCGAGCUCCCCGACGAGAUCGACAUCUCCUCCUACAUCGAACAGACUCGAUAAGGGGCGUCCUCGACACUCCUCGUCCCGCGUCGUCGUCCUUCUUUUGGUGGUUUUAACGCCUCCCCCACCCCACCCCCGUUUCAUUUCCACGCGACCCCAAGAGCUGAGGAGGAGGAUGGCCCUGCCCUGAGGACCGCAGCCCUGUCAGACUUCGGGGGGCGGGACGGGGGCGGGAGAACCACUGGAAGAGUGGACUGGAGCGGUGGGGGGGGCAUCAGGACAGCAGGGUUCACCCCGUCCUGCCCUGCUGUGGUGGGAGGAUCCCACCCACCCGCUGUGGGAAGCAUCCCACGCCUCCCACCAAUGAUCCCUGACCUUUGUUGGCACCGAUAGAAGGAUCCCACUGCUCCCACCAACAGUCCCUGAACCCACUUCGCCAGGUGCGGGAUCCACCACCGCCGAGCCCUGAUCCCACGUGGGCACUAACCCAAGGAGGAUCCCAGCUCUGCCACCAGCGCUCCCUGGUCUGGCUUGCUGGCCCCCCCGGAAGACGGCUCCCACGCCUGUCGCCAGCUCCGACCCCGUCCUGUAAGAAUUUCAGCCUCGCGAGCCCUUCGCUCCCGGCCGGGCUGACGCAGGGCCCCCUCCCCCGGUUCCCUGCGACUCGAGGCCAUUUUUGUUUUUAUAGGAAAAAAAAAAAAGAGAAAAUCCUGAAAAAAAAGCCCCCACCCCCCGCGUCCUGUCUUUUAUACCAAGGUUGGAGCCGGUUUUACCAGCGUCUUGCGGUUUUUGUGCGUUUCCUCGUUUUUCGUUGUCUGCAUGGAGCGUCCGGGCCGUGCGGUGCCCUGCCGGGCCAGUGGGCGCUGGGGGCGCCGUGUGCGGCAGGUUUGGUAACGUCGCCCUGAGGAUGGAUUAAAAGACUUGUCAGAA